AAAGGCCUUUAUUUUUUAUACCGGUUAAAAUCCUGCUCACUCCAAAAAAAUAAAUUUUGGUUACCCGCUGACUCCCUCUUCUUCUCAUCUCUGUCGGCGCUCCCUAAAUCCCAAAAUAAAAGUUUGUACUUAAUUAUUUUUCCCUUUUAAUCUCAAAAUUUGCCCCCAAAUUUCCCAGUUCUUUUUCCUUUUCAUUUCACGGCACCGAAUUCACUCACCAUAGCUACUCCUUUUCUCUCAAUCUGUUAGGGUUUCUUUUAAUUUUAGAUUUUCAAGGGAACGUAUAGUUUCCUUUUAAUUUUGCUGGUGAUUUCUAUGGUGACGGAAACCCUAGAUGACAAGAAAUCGGAGGAAGAUGAGGUGAAAGAUAAAGAAAACGAAGAGGGAAGUAAGGAGGAAGUCACUGCCAAAUUAUUGGAAUUUUUGGAAUCCCCUCGUGCUACUACAGAUGUUCUUCUUGCUGACAAGGAACAGAAGGGUAAAAAGCGUAAGGCUACACCAAGCAAAAAUAUUGGUUCUGCGGAGGCAUCGGAUACAUCAGCCAAGGCAUGAAGGUGGGCUUUUUAAAUUUUUGCGCUCAAGGAUUAGUUUCUGUUCGAUAACAUCUUGCUCUGCAUGGCCGAAAACCCUCAAGAAAGAACAUAUCGUGACAACAAUGUUUGUUGGAAACUUCAUCGGCAUUAUAUUCGACCGUUCAUUACAUUAUCAAUUCUACUCGUGGUAUUUCUAUACUUUGCCUCACCUUCUGUGGAUAACACCUUUCCCUACGUUGCUUCGCGUGUUAAUUUUCGUAGGAAUCGAGCUGUGCUGGAAUGUAUUUCCAUCAAACUUAGAAAAAUGGAAAAGUCAAGUAAGGUUGGUUAAGAAUUUCAUUUUAUUGGUGAAUGCCUAUAUGUGCAGUUUCAUGAACUUUUCUAGAAAUACAAGGUGUUUAAAGUGUAAAGCAAAGGGUCCAAAGAGGGUUGCUACGGAUGAUGUUCAAAUGAAGAAAGGGGAUUGGAACUGCCCAGGGAACAUCGACACCUGUGUUUCAGUUCUCGUCACAUAGUUUUUGGAUUCCAGCUUGCAAGUUGCACAAUAUGUCUCCUCUUCAUUUACUUUCUUAAUCUUAUGAUGGGAAAGUAAUGUUGUAGGAUCUAAGAAUAGCGGAAAAACCAACUACACUAGAUUGCGGUCCAAGAACAAUUUGCAGAAGGCACAUAAUGACUAGCUCCUACCUCUACGAAUGCUUGUGGGAGGCAUUGCAGCAGCAAAUAAGGAUGAUAACAUGCAGUUGACACUGUAUGUGCUCUGAAUCUAAAUUCAGGUGUGACUUUUAGAUAUUUUAUGUGCAAAAAAGUAUUAGAGUGCCUUAUGUUUGUAUGUUAGUUAAGCAAAUUAUAGAUAGAACCUGCAGUAGGAUCAACUAAUUAGUUGAUAAAAAACUACACCCUAUUUUGUAAUCGUCUACUUUGCAUAUUUGCAUAUACUUAAUAAUAAUCUCGUGUCAACUAA